UCUUCUUUCUUCUCCCUUGCACCCGACAAGCCCCCCCCAAGCCACCGACUUUCUUCCCCCUUGAGAAACCCGGUGGGAUCUUGAUGAAUUCUCUUCCUUUCUUGUUAAAUCACAAGAUUUGAGGCUUAGAAUCUUCCCUCUCAACCCAGAAAAUCCCGGAUCUGUUCUGCUCUUCUCCUCUGUCCGCCGGCUGCUAUGUGGGUUUGAAUUUCUGGGCAUUUUUCGGUCCGUGAGUUCCCUGCAGCUUGCCGCCGGCUUCUUCUUCCCCUGCUUGCUCCGGUUCUUGCUGGAAAAUUCGGGGAUAAUGGACAGCUUCCUUUAAAUUCGGUAUUACUUCUGAGGUGUUUUGAUGAGGUUCUUGAUCGUUCUGUCAGUUUAGUACGUGAAUUGAGUGCUCGGUUUUGCGGAGUGAGGUAGUGUGCCCCGAGACUCGAAAAUCAAGGGGAGUGACGUGAUAAAAGGCUAGCCACUUGAGAUUUGACAUAGAUUUUAGAUACAUGUACACCACACUCUUGUAAGUUAGAUUUUAAUUGGAAAUUUUAUGGUAUCAAAACUGAUUUUGUUGAGUAAGUUUCGAGCCUUGUGCAUUUGUGGGACCCGUCUCACGAGUGCACGGCGUCUGUCGCGCCUCAGAUUUGGGUUCUGGGGCGUGACAAAGAAUUUCUCCUGUAGAUUCCUGACCAUCUCAACAGAGUGGACCGACCCCACAUAAGUUCCCUUAAGCCAUGCACUAUCUUCAGAAUUUACCUUAUACUCCAUGCCUUGCCAGUUCUCCCCUGGUCCUUUUUCUUGCCAAACCAUUCUACUAUCUAUGCCUCGCGACCCUUUUACCACAUCAGCAAAGCUUCUUCCUUGUAUGUUUGGGCAAGGAUUUAGAGGAAUUCUCAGGCUCCACCAAACUGAGACUUCUUAUCCUGCACAUAAUCAAUCGUCGUUCGUCUCUUACCAACUGAUGAGAUCCUCUGUUGCCGACUUCUUCCUCGAUAUCUCUCUUUCUCAUUACCCUGUGAUGACCGUCCAGCCCGUGAACGAUAUCCGCUUGCUCGCACUCUCUCUCUUCCUCUCUCUCUCAUCUUUUUACAGUACAUAAAUAGGUCUAUUAGGAUUUUUAUUGGUUGAAACUUCGAAUUAUCUUGGUAGGAAUUUGAUAUUUUUAUUUUCAACUCAGCAAAUUGUUUUUUUUUUUUUUUCUUUUUUUCCACAAGGAAUCGUGAUGUCUUUCUAUGGGAUUGCAGGUCUCUUUAUUAGUUCCUAUUUGUGGUGCACAAUUAUAAUUCUUUAUUAAAGAUAUCCAGUCCUU